AUGGUGGUGUCAGGAUUACAAGGUCCGUUUCACAUGUCCAAUGAGUUUUUGCCAACCAAAUUUAUUUCAGCAUCUGGGUUUGCUUGCACAGGAUAUUGUGUUGAUUAUAAGGUGCGCUUCACCUGCCCAGAGGAUUGGUGUUCAAAAUGUAGGACACGCUGGUUUAACCAAGAUGACCCCAAUGGACUAGGAGACAAUGAGAAGCUGUCGUUACUCCUGAUAAGAUACCCACUACAGGUCUGCGCUCAGCCCAUCGCCAUUGAGGUCACAACCGUUAGUGGGAGCCCUGUACUGCCUACUGGAAACAAUUUUGUAGUGUAUGACCCGUUAAAGGGCUUUGAGUGUGUGAAUGGGGCCUGUCAAGACUACAGGGUCUGCUUCACAUGUCCACUGAGUUUCUGCAACACAACGUGUGUAACCAGGUGGUUUGAUUCUGACGACCCUGAAACAAAUGGAAGAGAUUCUGAACUCUUGUCUGGCCUUUUCAGUAAGUACCCUGGUUACAUUUGUCCAAAUCCAAUCGGAAUAGAAGUUCAGACCAUCUCUGGCCAGCCAGCGUAUCAAACUGGAAACAUCUUUCAAGUGUAUAAUCCAGUCUUUGGGUUUGCUUGUGUAACUGCAGGCCAAACAGGAGGAGGGCUUUGUGCUGAUUAUAAAGUGCGAUUCUCCUGCCCAGAGAAAUUUUGCACAAGUUGUAGGACAUCUUGGUUUGACAGAGAUGACCCUGAUGAUCCAGGAGAUAGUGAGAUCCUGACAGAUAUUCAGAUAAUAAUCCCACCAAAGGUCUGCAGUCUGCCCAUUGCUAUUGAAGUCACAACCAUUAGUGGGAGCCCUGCACUGCUGACUGGAGACCUUUUUCAACUAUUUGAUCCACUUCUGGGCUUCAAAUGCGUGAAUGAACAGCAGGGAGGGGUCUGUCAGGACUACAAGGUCCGCUACACAUGUCCGAAAAGUUUCUGCAAGAUCCAAGUUCUCUCAAACCUCACAAUUGAGGCAGCAAACAUUCUAGACAAAUAUUACGCUCUUUGCGUCAGAGAUAGUCUUCGACUCCGUGCAUAA